AUGCGCGGUCCACGGGCGUUUUGCGCGCGCUUUGGGUGCGUGCGUCGCACACGCGAUUCGCGCGUGCUUCGGGACGGCGUCCGUGGUGCUCGUCGCCCGCCUCGUCGCGCGGACCCCCUGCCUCGUCGCCCCGCCGCUGCAACCCUCGCCGGACGCCCCGUCGCCCCACGGCCCUCCGUCGCCCCGCGCCCUUUCGUCGCCCACGGCCCCGUCGCCCGCUUCCCGUCCCCCCCCUCGUUACGCGCAGCAGCACCCGCGCGCAGUGCAGUUGCGCGCGUUCGAAGCUAUGCGCAGCUGCGCGUGUGGCGGCUGCAGUGCGCGCAGCUGCACACGCAGCUGUACACGAAUCUGUAG